AUGGCGUCGGCAGUGCAUUUACCAUGCGACCGCAAACAGACGCGCCGGAUGCGCCAUCGCGCCGCGAGGCAGAUCACUGACGUGCUGGAAGUGUGUCUCAACUCGACCCGCACGAAGGAGCAGUGGUCGCGAUUACGUCGCGAGAAGCACGAGGAGCUGUACGCCAAGAGCACCAAACGAGGAGUGACGAACAACGGCCCGUCCGUCGAUUACUUGGCUGUCAACGAGGCGUCGUGCGGGUUCGAAGAAGCGGUUGCUCUCUUGCACUUCGACUCGACCGCUCGAUUUCGACUCCUGAUGAAGCUCUUGCACGGUCGCGACUUCAAAGAUGGGGCGUUGAUGGCGAUAGGCACAGACGACCAGCUCGCGCUCGAUGGGUUGGCCGCCGACACGCAGCACGCAGCGAUUCGGUUCACCUAUCGGGACCACCGCAAGUCCGUACUCCUGCGGGACCAGCACCUGACGUUUUUCCAGACGCUCAAAGUGUUGCUCCCCGACACGCUGCCGGAACACGAACGCGACUACCGCAAUGCUGCCGCUUCCUUGUCAGCAACUGCACUACCUUUGACUGGGCCGAGUGCACGUCCGAACGGCGGAGUGCACAAACGGACGGUCGCCCUGAGCUGGCUGCCAUUCCCUCGCUCGCACGGUGCGAGUCAGCAGGAACCAGCGCGGCAGGUCGACUUGCAGUACACGUUGAUCGUCGAGGAGAUAGCUGUGCAUCGACUGCGUCUCUCGUGUGUGACCAGCUCGUACCACGAGCAACACAAGCGCGCGUCGACCAGCUCGCCCUGGACCGCACGAGCCAUUGCACGGCGACUUGCGCUGCGAUCGGUUGGCAAACUCGAGGCGGCUGUUGCAGCCGCUCGACUUGGCGGCUGUCAGUUUGUGGCACCGCAUCAGUGGGUGAGAAAUGAAGACCGCGCGCGUUGUGUGGUCUGCUGGAAACGCUUCCACGCUCUCUUUCGCCGUCGACACCACUGUCGUCUCUGCGGAGAGGUCAUUUGCGGCUCGUGCUGCUCAUUGCGCACGACGAACGUCGUCAAUGUCGAGACGAGGGCAGCGCAAAAGACCCGCAUCUGCCACAUGUGCCACAACGAGGCGCGACUCCCGACCGGAGCGCUUGCGUUCUCGAGCGGCAACCCGCGCCACAUUCAUACCAGCACCAGACGCGUUUGCGUCGAUCGUCCACGUCAGGAACAGCCUCCGUUGCUUGAAUCGGACUCCGAUGUCGAACUUCCUCGAUCAGCACGAGCAGAUUCAGCGGAUCGGAGCGACGUGACACUCUCGCCCUUUGAAGUGCUGUCGCCGUCAGUUGAUCUCCUGGUAUCGGAACGGACGAUGUCAGAGACCCUCGAAGCGAGCAGCGGGAUGUGGGACUUGGCCCGAGUCGAGAGUGACGGCUACAUUGGCGCACUGCCCGAUCGAACGACAGAUACGGCUGUCACCAGUAGCAAGAUCAUCUCGAUCAAGUCGAUCGCACGUCGCACGAAAACCUUGUGGCAGGCAAUGCCGUCUACCACAACAAGCAGCAAAGCGCUAUGGCCGUUUCGAGCACCGGAUUCGAGCAGCAGCGUCAACUCGACAUGUAGCGUGCAUUCGUCCGAGUGGGCUGGCGGACGAAGAAGCAUUGGUGGUGGGUUCGAGGCCUCGAUUCUCGAGGAUAGCAGCUCGAGGUCGUUCCUGCAUCCAUCAGUCGCAGUGUCGAGGUCGAAACGGACAACGACGCAGCCGAUGGUGGGAAUCACAGCCGAGGCAAGCAGCUAUAGCUCUGUUGAACGGUCGUUCCGGGCAUCCUGUGAGCUCGUCCACUCGAAGGAGCUAGACGAGGAAGACUCGAGAUGGUUUACGUAUCGCCGAACGUCCUUGAUGAGCUCGAACGCCGGUUUGCUUGACCAGGAGUCAAGUGCUUACGAAGGCUGUUUCUUGCCAACACUCGAUAUAGCACGCGAAGCAGAGCGUCUGAAGCUGCUGGAUCUGAUUGUCUCGCCUGCCUGUACGCUCGUGGAUCGCACGGUCAUGCAUCGCAGCUGUGAGAUUGCUGCCGCUGCCUUUGGUCUGAGUGCUGCUUUUAUCGCACGAGUCGACGAGACCUUUGUGAUGAUCGAGCACAGCAUUGGGACUUGCAGUUUGUCACCUCUCGAUGUGAUCUUGCGGCGCGAGUCGUUGUGUGAUUUCGUCCUCUGUCAACCUCAAUGCCAACCUCUGGUAGUCGUAGACUGCCUCGUUGAUCCACGCACUCGAGAUCUUCCAAUGGUACAGCACCUGUGCAUGCGCUUUUUUAUUGGCAUCAGCGUAUGUGUCCGCGGUCUCCCCAUCGCGUGCCUGUGCGCUUUCGAACAAGGGGACGGCAAACAGUACGAAGGAGACGGAGAACUAGUGUCGGCAUCAUACUGCGAGUUGGAUAUUCUGAGAAAUGCCGCGCGUCGCAUGGAGGAUGAGCUGGAAAGCCUUGUCCACGGCUUAGAGUUGUGCUAG